AUGGAAACUGCACCUCUGACUCUGGCGCAAACUCAUGCUCGUAAUGCUGCCCUCGAGAGUAAACGCUCCAAUCCUGUCGCCGCCAGCGAAGAACAUGAUUUGGCUGCUGCCGAGUUCGCAACUGCAGCCCAAACCACCUCGGACUCCGAAGCCUUGCGCAUUUUGCACUUGUUGGAACAACAUCACAAGAAGCUCGGUCAAUUGUUAAGAGAAAGUCAUGAGAAACCACUCGAAGUUGACACCGCUCAUUCGUCCUCCUCUGCUGCGGCCACGGUUCCCACGGCCACCUCGUCCCAAGCUCCCAAUCGUGCAUCUUCUCCAGAAGCCUCUCGGCCACCCCGACUACCUCAGUCGCUAAGAUCAAAUACCCACGAUUUGUCCUCUUCGCUGGCCAGCAAUCUAGCGUCUGCAAGAGGAAUUCCAAGUAUUCGGCAGAAAAGACCGACUCCAGUCUCGCCGCUUGUCUCAAAUCAACAUGCUGAUGGUCAAAUCUCUCAGGAUGAUGCCAGAUCAAGGCCUGUAUCAAGACAGGGCGCAGAAACAAACGAAAGCCUGUUGUCCAUGUCGCGGCAGCCAAAUGCGCGGCCCUCAUGGGCGCCUCCUACUGCAGCUGCAGAAGGAGCCGACAAGGCCGACACUACCCAACCGACCGAGACAUCAUCUGACGCUCCGUUUCAACAGUUCUAUGCCACUUUCGAGAGUCUCGUCUCGAAGCUCAGCGCUCCUCUCGCCUUUGCUGGCCUUCCACUUACAACUGGCGCCCCAGCAAAAGCGCAGGCACCGUUACCAACCCCAUCCUCUCCCAAAUCUCCCAAGGCCCCUGCCCGAGCGGCUCCCGCACCACCAGCUGUUGAUUAUUCACAGUUGAUCUCCCGUGCUGCCUUGCGUGCUGUCUCCGGGAACCCUAACAAUUCUCAUAAUCCGAGUGAAUCAUUCUACGUGGUGCCCACUACGGGUGGCACAAUAUCUUAUGCGGAAAUCAUGAAUCGUGCAGAGCGUGAAGAAAUCCGCGGUUUACGGCACCUUCGACAAGCCUCCAACCUGACAAAUAUCUCGGAAGAUGACUUUGUGGAUGCGCAAAGCACUAUACUACCAAAUAACCGGACACGUGAGCAGAACAGCGACCGCCGUCCUGGUCGCUUUCGCCGAGGCGUACCUGAUGAAGCCAAAGUUGGCGGCAAAACCAUGGAGGAGUUGUCCUUGGAGAACCAAGCCCUCAAGCACCUAUCUGACACCCUGUCAAGAAGGCUGCAUGUGUUCGAGAUGUCGGCACAAACAUCUACUGCCGCCCUCACACAAAGCAUUAGAUCAUUGCACAUGUCACCGCUGACCACACCCAUUCUUUCACCCGAGAACUCGCGUGGGAAGAACAGCGGAAGGCCGCUGGAUACUGGUGGUGCAGAUGAGGGCUUGCUACGGAGGAUUGCUGAGCUCGAGGAGAUUCUCCGCAGGAGCGAUGCAAGGACCCGGAAGAAAGAGGAUGAAAAUGCCAAGCUCAGGGAGACAAUUAGUAAGUACAAAGAAAAAUGGGAGAGUCUCAAGGCGGGCGCAAAGGCCAGACGCGAGAGGGAGAGGAAGGGUGGAGGUGAGAAGGGAAGUGAGGCUGGUGAAGGCCCAAGUGCCAGGGGCCCCAUGGACGACGGCAGUAAAUAA